AUGAAGGAGACGGCGACGACGAUGGUUAGGAGCUGCGAGCUCUGUAAUGGCGAGGCGGCGAUUUGUUGCCCGUCCGAUUCCGCGUUUCUCUGUUGGAGCUGCGACGCCAAGGCUGAUCUCGGCGACGCGGUUUCUUCUUCUUCCUCGUCGUCGGCUUGUGUUUCGUCUACUCACUCCUCCGAUCAAAAGAAAAUGAGCGAUCAGUCUUCGGAGUCGUUUCCUUCGCGAAACGAGUUUUCGAUCGAGGUUACUUUUCCGGCGACUGGAUUGAAGUGUAAAUCAAGAUCACCGCCGGUUCCGGCGAAGGUUGACCUCGCAGCCGAGGGGUCACCGGAGAAGAAGAAGAAAAUGUGA